GGAUUUUCAAUUUAUUUUUCCAUUGAGUACUGACGAACUACUCUGCAAGAUACUUGUUUUAACUUUUAAGAAUGUCUUAUGAAUAUUUCAUUAUUGUGUCUAGAAACGCUAGAAUAAAAAGUAAUAAAAAAAAAUUUUGUGUACUAUAAAAUUUGUUUCCCCUCAUAAUUGUUUGUCAAAGGUCUCCACCCCAGAAUUAGAUUUAGGCCACCGGCAAACGGAGAGCAGAAGUUGACCUUGAACUUCUUGUUACAAACUAAUACAAUGGCAGCUGAUCCUAACAUUGACCCAUAUGGCUAUAUGGGAAUCGCACCAAAUGAAGACGGCUCAAUUACCCGUCUAGCAGAAAAGCCAUCCACUCCGGCUUCAUCUGACCCCGGCUCCGGCAACCCUUUUCAUCUCUCCAAGGAUAUUCCGAUUAACCCAUCAAAACACACUUGGGCUCGAAUUUUCUUGCCCCGUCAAGCAUUCGAUUCUUCUCCACUCCAGAAACUGCCCCUCUUCAUUUACUUUUACGGUGGAGGAUUCGUUGUCUGCAGGGUCAACUCCUCUGUCUUUGACGGUUUAUACACCACCAUUGCUGCUGGAACGCCAGCAGUUGUUAUCUCCGUCGGGUACCGGCGAGCGCCGGAGCACCGUCUCCCGGCAGCCUACGAUGAUUCUGAGGAGGCCUUGCACUGGGUGAAAUCUUGCAAGGACGAAUGGCUGAUAAAGUACGCCGAUUUCUCCAAGUGUUUUCUGAUGGGUACCAGCGCCGGCGGUAACAUAGUAUACCACGUGGGACUACGCGCCGCCGAGUACGCCGACAGUUUCUUGCCUCUUCAGAUCAAAGGGCUAAUAUUGCACCAACCCUUUUUCGGCGGGACCAAGAGGAGUGGAUCGGAGUUGAGACUGGCCAAUGAUAAGGUUCUUCCGCUUUGUGUUAGCGAUCUGAUGUGGAAAUGGAGCCUGCCGGUCGGCGUUGACCGAGACCAUGAAUACUCCAAUCCGGUUUUGAGUCUCAAAUCAGGACGUUUUGAUGGUAUCAAAGCAUUGGGAUGGAAGGUUUUGAUCACGGGUUGUGACGGUGACCCGUUGGUUGACCGUGAGAUGGAGCUUGCGAAGAAGCUUGAAGAACACGGCGUGCCGGUGACCGGAAAGUUUGACGAGGGAGGAUAUCAUGGAUGUGAUUCUCAUGAUCCAUCGAGAGCUGCGGUGUUGACGAAGAAUCUGAAAGAGUUCGUGGAAUCGGCCAUCAAUUCCUCAAAAUUGUAACUGGCCUGUCUUAGGAAUUUCACCUGGUUCCUUUCAUGAAUGAAAAUUUUAAUUUGCUUGCUGCGUUAUUGUACCAAUAUUAUUAAUUCGAUCAAACAAGUUUCAUGUUUGAUGAUUCUGUUUUUAGUUCUUAUAUGGUUCAGAUGGUUCAUCA